AUGGCUGCAGCGUCAAUGUCUAUGACCUUCAAUCUAGCAGCAGCAUUCAAGGGCCUCUCCUUAUCUUCUUCCUCUUCCUCCUCCUUCUUCGGCGCCACUUCUCUCAGCGCGGGUCCCACCUCUCUGGUCUGCCUCCCUCGUCGCCGCCCGCUCACCAUCGAGAACGCCCACAAGAAGGGAGCCGGAAGCACCAAGAAUGGCCGUGACUCGCAGAGCAAGCGCCUCGGCGUCAAGAUUUACGGUGACCAGGUCGCCAAGCCCGGUUCCAUCAUCGUUCGCCAGCGCGGAACCAAGUUUCAUGCUGGGAAGAAUGUGGGGCUUGGCAAAGACUAUACCAUCUUCUCCUUGAUUGACGGAGUUGUAAAAUUUGAGAAAUAUGGACCUGACAGGAAAAAGGUGAGUGUUUAUCCUCGAGAGGUACAGCCUGAGAAUCCCAACAGCUAUAGAGUAAGGAAGAGAGAGUACUUCAGGCUGCAGCGGGAACGCAAGAAAGCUAGACAAGAUGCAGCAAUAAUUCGAUCCCAGCUUGUUCUGGCAUUUGCUGAUGAUGCAUCAAUCACUAAUCCAAUCUGCUGA